AUGGCGGAGCAAGCUGGAAUAGGACUGGGAUGCGGUGUUCUGUUUGCUGUAAUAGUAGCUUCUUCAGUGAUGUGUUUCAAAAAGAGAAGACUUCCAAAGACAUCGGAUAAAGGAAGGUACAGUAUACAGGGCUAUCCUAAAGAUACCACCAGUAACAGAAGACAAAAGGUACUGGCAAAACUAAAAGGGACGACUGUAAAAUCUAAGAAAAGCAAUGCAACUGAACAGAUAGUAGCAGCAAAGACAUUACACGAUACAGCAGAUUUAAAUGAAAAGCAAGAAUUCCUAAAGGAAAUCGAUCUAAUGAAGAAACUAGGUUGCUAUCAAAAUAUCGUCAACUUUCUGGGCUGUUGUACCACGAGUGAGCCAAACUUUCUCGUAGUUGAGUUCUUACCAAAGGGAGAUUUACUGAAAUACUUGAGGACGAACAGACAUAAGAUCAGCGGUUUUGAAGGUAAAGAAACAGCCCCUGCGUACUUGCACACAAAGAGUCUUUUAUCUCAGCAAGAGCCUCAAUACACAAACAGCCUGGCGUCGCUCCAGGAAGCUGACAUUUUAUCUCCAGCAACAGAACAAGAGAAAAAGCUGGCGAUAGAUGAUGUUUUGACUCCAAAAGAUGUCUUAUCGUUUUCCUUUCAAAUAGCAGCAGGAAUGGAAUAUCUAUCAAGCAAAGGAUUCGUUCAUCGUGAUCUUGCCGCUCGUAAUAUUCUAGUGGCUGACAACAAACAAGUCAAAGUGUCAGAUUUUGGACUGACACGUGACCUUUACGAGGAGAGCGCCUACAAUGCUCGAGUACAGCGGAAACUACCAAUCAAAUGGAUGUCACCAGAAGCGCUAUACGACCAGGUUUUUACUACUGAGAGUGACGUUUGGUCCUACGGAGUGGUGUUAUGGGAGAUAUCAACUUUAGGAGGUGCUCCGUACCCUUCUAUGUCUACACGUGAGCUGUAUCGAGAGGUACGCCGUGGCUACAGAAUGGAAAAGCCUGACAUGUGUUCUGAUGAAAUGUACAAAACCAUGAUGCAAUGUUGGCAGGAAAACCCGAAAGAGCGUCCAAAGUUUACUGAACUUCGUCAACGAUUUGAAGAGCUUCUACAGGAAGAUAGUCCAUACGUAGACUUCAGCAAUCUGGACCAUAACAAAGACUAUUAUCUGGUACCUUCUUUUAACAGCGCUGGUGACGAUGAAGACGGCUCGGCAUGUUCAUUUUAUUUAUAA